GCGAAAAGCAGCGAAGCGACAGCGAAAACAGCCGCCUCUCUUCCUUUUCCUCGCUCGUGCUGUCGUGUCGUGUGGCUUGGCUUGUUGCUUGGUUGCUCGUUGCCUCUCCUUCCUCCGCCACAUUGUUGUUGUUGUUGUUGUUGUUGGCUGCCACACGACCCACACUUCUCUUCUGCUUUCUUUCUUGUUUCUUCGUGUCUUCUCCUCGUUGCCCUGCCACUGCUGUAUGUACGCUUGUGUGCUUGUGUCGCUGCAGUGCAAGCAAGUGAGAGCACGACAACAGACAAGACAUCAAUCACACGACUUGAGACUUUUUGGCCAAGCAAUCGAGAAACGAUGGGCCGUCGUCCAGUGGCAAAGACUCGCAGCCAGCGGGUGCGAGACCUGCGCGAGCGGCAGGACUUUCAACAGCAGCUGGAAGAUGCCAUGCAGCGCGCAACAUCACGCACCGCCAAGACCUUCCUUGCGGGCAUGCUCAAAAGCACAUGUGCAGAGAUAAAGGCCAUCAAACGAGCCAACAUUGUUGGCACGCGCAUGAACCAAAAGGCCACCAUCAAGCCACGCGAGGGCAGCAGGUUUCGCCAGUUUGACGCCGCAUCCGCCCCUGCACAGUCAAAUACGUCCACAUCGUCGUCCGGGGCCCCUGUCGCUCACAAGCCCCGGCCGGAGACCAACCUCCUGCUCAAGCUCACCAAGAACAUCUGUCAACAGUACAGCAUCAAGCCAAACAUCAAGCCUCACUUUAUCACACCGGCCUCGUCGGGAAACGUGGAGGAUGCGCGCGCAGAGCUGGAGGAUCCAGAGCCAAAGCUGAACGCAAUGUGCGACCGCCUGCGAACCGAAAACAACGUGGACAUCACCCCCGAUCAGCUGCGUCGACUCCACAACCGCGAAGGCAACCUGCGCAUCCACACGCAGGAUGUGAUCCUGGACGACCGCUCCCGCAAGUUCACCGUUCUCCGCCUCCUUGGCUGCGGCGCCUAUGGGCAGGUGCUGCGCGUCAAAGAUGCAGACGGCAUUGAACACGCGCUCAAACUCCUCAACAGCAAACGCCAAUCCAACAGAGAAGUCGAAGCAAAGGUGCUGAAGCUUGUUGAACACCACGGUCGCACCGGCAGCCAGUUUGUGCUGAAACUCGAGAGCUCGUUCCUCUUUCGCGGCGCUUUCCCGUGCAUGCUGUUUGCCCAGCACGGCAUCAGCCUGUACGACCACAUCCUGCGGAAGGGCUCGCUCAACAUGGACCAGAUUGUCGUCGUCAUCAAGCAGGUUGCGCUUGCCUUGCGUGAGGUGCACACGCUUGGCUUUGUGCACUCGGACGUCAAACCCGAAAACAUUCUUCUGCGUCACACCCCGGCCGAGUUGGAGGUGUUGGGCAACAGCGCAGACACACCCGACCCCGAUGACCCGCUCUCCAUCCCGCCUCGCCUCUCUGUUGUUCUCAUUGACUUUGGAACCGCAUUUGGCUCGUCCAUCAACGCCGACGGCUGGUCUGUCAAGUACAUCCAGUCCCGUUUCUACAGGGCGCCGGAGGUGUUUCUGGAGUGCCGUCGCGCUCGUCGCCAGUACAUCUACGACACGCCAAUUGACAUGUGGUCGCUCGGCUGCCUGGCCAUGGAGCUGUACCUUGGCCAGCCCCUCUUCCAAGGCAGAUCAAGCAUUGAGAUGGUCACAGGCUUCACCUCCCUCCUUGGUGACUUUCCCUCGCGCAUGCUGGAGCUCGCCAGCUCCGUUGAAGUCAUCGUUGAAGAUGAACAAGGACGGAAGCGUGUGCGCUCUGCCACGCGCUCAGAGACCGUCUACAUACCCACACGCCGGUUCCACGUGCGCUGCCUCGACGACUUUGUGUGCGGCACAUCAGUGUGUUCAUCGUGUCAACCGGACAUUGCGUGCACGGUGGAGCGCCGCCGCCUCUUCAUGAAAUUUGUGUCCGACCUCCUUAAACUGGAUCCGGACAGGCGCCUCACAGCUGGACAGGCCGUCCGUCACCCGUUUCUCAAGCCCUCCAUUCCUCAGAGCGUGAUCGACGAGAUCCCAGAAGGACACGUGAACGAGAGCUUCCGCACAUUCCGCAUCACGACGUUUCAGCGGCCGCGUCUUCCCCAGGAGGCGCCGCUCAUCGUGGAGACAGACAACAGCACCAUCACCAUGCCGUUCCCAAAUGCAAAGCGCGCUGAGCGGCCAAUUCGAAUCGACUUUGUGAAGAACCUGGCGGAACAGCUGAAGUUGCAGCAGAGAAAAGCUCGUCGCCUUGCAUUCCAGGAAGCGCAACAACAGGCACAAGUUCGUGCGCGGGAGGAGCGGCGGCAGCGCUCGUCGCGUGGAGAAGAGAGCGCGCGUUCGUCGGCGGUGUCCGCAGCCGGCGAUGAGUCGUCUGCAGAGUCGUCACGCGGCUCCAGCGUGUACUACGUGGACAGCAGCCGGCCAGAGUCGAGCAUGAGCAUCCGCAGCAACCAGAGCGAGCAGGUGCUGAUCAAGGGUGUGGUGUCGCAGUCCCACAUCCAGCACGCGGAGGGCCACCAGCACGGCAGCGGCGGCGGCACCAACAACGGGGCAAUCCAACCACCCGGAUCCUCAGCAGCAUCGGGCACACAGGGCGCAGCCUCGCAGCAACAGCGUGUGAAGGUGGCUGCCCCACAGGCACGCCCGCACACCCAGAUGCACCCCAUCCCAUAUGUGGCCGUGUCCCAGCAUCAGCAGCAGCAGCGGUACAUGCGGCACGUCCCGGCUGCGCCUGGCCAGCGGUUUAUGCACCACGUCCCGUACGGCGGCCAGGGCGGUGCGUAUCAGAUGCCGCUGCCGCACCCGCAGCACCACCAGCAAGUGGUGCAGUACUCUGGCCACGUGUACGGCGGUGGCGGGUACUCGCAUGGUGCGUACAUGGGGUCUGCUUCCUCCUCUGCCCAGCAGCCCACACCCCACCAGCAGCAGCAGCAGCAACAGCACCCUGGUCAUCAUCCCCAGCAGUCGCCCGUCGUGUACGCUGGCGGCAUGUACACGCAGCAGGGCCACCCCGUGAUGGCUGUGCGCUCAGGCUAUGCAUCUGGUGCUUCCCAAGCCUCACAGGGCAGUGUCGUCAUGGGUCCACCACACCAGGUCAUGCAAGUGGCCACCCCGCAAGGCCACAUGCACGCGCAGCCGCAGCCGCAGCCGCAGCCCGUGGCCUAUGCUCAGGGGCACACGCAGUAUGUGCAGUAUGCUCAGCAGCAGCAGCACCACCACCACCCAGGCUAUCACCAGCAGGCAGGGGUGCCUGUUCAGUACGUGGCUGUGCCGAGCCAGCAAGCCUACGCAAUGUAUCAACAGCAGCAGCAACAACAGCAGCAGCAGACACAGCUGAUUUAUGGCGACGCGCAGCGCACACCCAAUAUCCACCAGAACGCACGCGUCUUUGACGAGCAGUUGUGACGCUUGUGUGGUGUGUGUGUGUGUGUGUGCCGAAUUUCGUUGCAUCAUUCGUUGUGUUGGAUUUGCUUGUUGUGAUGUACACUGCCAUGCUGUCACAGUUGCCACUUGUACGUUCAAUGUGAUAUCUGCUUAUUCAUUCGCCGUCUGGGGAGUUGUUUCGAUGUCCGUCAUACGUGUGCGUGUGUGACGUCAAGGGAGGCGACUGUGUCGCAGUUGUGUGCGCUUGCGCAAUGUUGUUGUUCGAAUGUGUGGCUGCUGUUUUUCUGCCGUUUUGCUUGCCGUGUCCUGCUGUUGUCUUCGCGUCCUGCCGUCGCUCCUAUCGUUCGUCUCGCUUGCUUAGAGUUGCUUCGACGCUGUUUUGAAUCCCUUUCAUAGAAUGAAGUCGUUGUUCAACACGGUUUGUAUCGGGGAGGUGAAGCAGCACUCAAGCAGAAAAC